AUGCCCCGUGUAGCGCCUGCGCCAAAACUCUUCUCUAAACCUGCAAACUUUGCAGGAAAAGUCAAUCAAGCAAAGGGAAAGUACGGGGAUUCACGGUGCGCUGGUUCGACUUUCCUACCCCAGAUUACAGGAGGUCAAAUCACAAUGGCUGGCGACGCGGAAGUGCCGGUUGCCACCUCUGCAGUGCUCAUGUCAGCAGCGAAGCACAUAGGCAAAAAUUGUGCCCGCGAGAACCACGCAUUUCUUGAUUGCAAGCGGGCGGACGAGACCCCGGAGAGUUGCUUGGACAAGGGGGAGCAGGUGUCUCGAUGCGUCGUGUCCUUGUUGAAGGAGUUGAAUGGCAAGUGCCCAAAAGCCUUCAAUGCCUACGUCAAAUGUAUGGACUACCGGACAAAUGAGUUUGACCUCUGCAGAAAAGAGCAAGCAGAGUUUGAAAAGCAGUGUCCAUUAUAGCGCGCCUGGGGCUUCGUAGGAAACAUAGCGUUUCUUUGAUACGCAACUCCUUCCCACUAGAGAUGCUCUUGCACGGAUAUGGCCAGCAACAUGCAAUUAUGAGGAGUCGGUGUUGAGCCGAACGUUCUUGGUUACCAGAUUUACGAUCAUUCUGAAGGACAAUCGAGAAGCUGAAGGGUGUCUUCUCGUUGCAUUGAGUGUCCAAGCCGGCCGGGCCCAAGCGGAAUCUGAAUCGAUCGGGGUCCUGCAGUAGUCCUGUUAGUAAUCGCACCUUUAUGCAAGCAAGUCGUUGUAGUAUCGUUCAAUGCAUGACGGUCU